AUGCCUGCGACCGCCGUUGAGCCUACAGAACAGGCUGCGACAGCCGCAGCCUCCAACGACGGUCCCAAGUCUGAUAUCGGUCAGUGCCCCAGAAAUCUCACAACAAGAUCCGCUCCCAUUUAUUACCGGCCUUUCUUCUUCCUUGAUUUAUUUCGCUUCUUGCUCCUGUACUUUACUGACAUGGUUCCUAUCAUCUCCCCUGUAGCCUGCCUCAUAUGUCGCUCUCGCAAGGUCCGAUGCGAUAGGUCCCUCCCCGACUGCCGCAACUGCUUGCGCCUUGGCGUCCCCUGCCCCGGAUACGAUCGCGAAAAUGAAUUCAUAUCUCGCAAAGAGCUGCAGAAAUCCGCCGACGACAUAUUCCGCGCUGCGGGCGUUGAGAAGCGCAAGGUAGGCUCCUGCGAGGAAUGCCGCGCAUCCAAGCAUCGCUGCACAAAGACCCGUCCUGCCUGUCGCCGCUGCAUUUUGCGCAACCUCAAAUGUACCUACCCCGGCAAACAAGAUCGUGAGCCCUCCAUCAGUGGCAGUCUAUCUCCUGGCAAGCAAACACAUGGUACCACGCCGACAAAGCAAGAGCCUCGCGAUACCUAUACUCCAAUAGACAUGCAUCCUAUACGGCCCGAACCCGAUCAACGCCAGUUUCAACCUCUCAAUCGCCAGAGUGUUCCUUCGGAGGAGCCCUUGCAGAUGAACUAUCAGCAUGCCCAGUAUCAGCUACCCCAGCUGCGUCAUCACCAAGAAUCCCCAAGCACACACGGCCACGCGUACAAUCCCAAUGCUGCACCGAAUGGGUUAAACAAUUAUACUCACCAGCCCAUGACCCACGAUAGCUAUCAAGUAACGCCAUCACUUCCGAAUAUUCCACAGUAUCAACCGCAACCGCCGCAACCCCAACAGCACAUGCAGCCCCCGCAGAACCCCAAACCCCGGGCUGCUCUCCCCACUGUUUUGGCCCAGGAACCUGCAGGUGUCUAUUCGGAACGGCUGCCGGAAAAUCGCAGUUUCCGCGAAACACUCAUCAAAACAUACUUCAAUCGGUCCGCCCCUCUGCGCAAUCUCUCCUUCAUCCAUAGACCAUCAUUCAUGAAAUCGCUGGACCAAGAUAGUGUCGUGCAGGACUAUGGCGAACCUUUGCUCUACGUCAUGUGUGCACUUGGGGCCCGGCAUUUAUAUUUCGAUCAUGUUGCCGAAUGCGGCGAGCAGAUGGUAGUUGACGCUAAUCAAGUACCUGGCGAGAAAUGGGCCGUCAAGGCUAGACAAGAUGCCAUGCGAGAUCUUCAUGCGCCCGAUGUACACAAUCUCAUGACCAUGGUGCUACUAUGCGACUACAGCCUCCGCGAGGACAAAAACGCCAUGGUCUUUGUCCUCAUUUCCGUUCUAUAUCGCAUGGUCCGGUUACUGGGCUUGGACUCGUAUCGACCCUUGGACGUGAAUGCCACUCCUACAGAAAUUAUGGAAAGAGAGAGUGAGAUUCGGCUUGUUUGGGCAUGCUACUACCUUGAUGUUCUUGUCGGAAACGGAGUGGAAAAGAACCUCUGCUGGCGGGACGACGUCCCCUCGAUUCCUUUACCAUGCCCCGAGCAAAAUUUCACUUCUCAGACGGCGUCGCAGCCAUAUUUUCUCGAAGAAAUCGAGCAAAAUGACAUGUCAGAAGUCGUUCCGCAUCUUGAUUUUCAAGCACUCUCGAUCCUGAUCCUACGGCUUCGUUCCAAAGUCAUGCACCUCAUCCGAACCCCUGAAAAAGACUGCAAGGUCUGGGACAAUGAUUCGAAGUUUCUACAAAUCAUCCACCGUCUCGAAACCAUCCUCGCCAAGCUCCCGGAAAAGUAUUACAUGACCGACAUAAACAUGUACAUUCUCAGAGAAGACAAUAUCUUGGGAGCUGUAUUUGUACUGCAUUUGCUCAUGCACGCAGUCAUAUUCGACCUGACACGAACAUCUCUGGCUGGAUUCAACUUUCCAUUAUCGAACGAUUUCAAGGUUGCGCCAGAAGAUUUCAAGACCAAGUGCCAGGAUUUGUGCCGACAUCACGCUAUUGAGGUAUCGCAACUCUUUCGCCGUGCUUUGUAUAUGGGACGAAGCGCUUGUGAUGACUUGUUCUGCGUGGACGCGGCUUUUGAGUCCUCCAAAGUACAGCUUGUAUAUGCCGCAACCGUCAACCACAGCCCGUUUAUCGUUCAGCAGACAAAGUCAAACCUCUGUACCAACAUUGAAUGUCUCCAAACAUUUAGUCGCGAUACCGCGACUCGAAAUUCUGUGCUCCGCGCACUGCUUCCAAUUUGCACACUGUUUGGGUUUCGGGAAAUCGCCGAGAAAUUUGCGCCAAGCGGAGAAGCGCCCGAUGAGACGGAAGUUACUGGCUCGGCUGACAUGCAUCACUUGUCUCGGCUAGCACCGUUCCGACGAGGACGGUCCGAGCUACAACGGGCUUCACAUACGUCGCACAGUCCCAGGACGUCGUCGUCGUCAAACGCAUAUCCGUCGCCGAUGACGCAGUCGAGCCGAAACAUGCCUCCGAGGAGUGCAAACAGUCACAACGCUCCGCCAUUCAGUGGAAUGAUGCCAAUGACUAUGGAUGGCAGCAUGGGCCCCAUGACACCGGGGACAUCGCAGCGGCCGCCUUUACAAAUUAUGCCAUCUGCGGGCGUCAUGGCGCAGAAUGGGGCCAUGCUACAGCCCUCUAUUGACGAUUACAUCAAGACGGCCGACGAAAUGUCGAACCUGCUUACCUGGAACAUGCCAGAUCUUUCUCCCUGGUUUACGUUUGACAACGUGAUGCUUCCAAGUUGA